ACAUGUGGAUAUAAACAGUGUUUGACGGAUUAUUGCGGCGAACGUGCUGAAUUGAGAAGGAAGUGAGAAGACACAGUGUGGAUUUAAAGGAAUCAUUUCGUACAAUAGGAGCUGUUAUUCCCCAAAUUCCAAGUUCCACCAAAUUCACAAUGUUGCCCACUGGAAAGGAAGAUAUUGUCAAAGCUUACGUGCUAAUUUCAAAGGGAAACGAGCAAACUACGAUGGAGAAUAACAUCAAAUUCCUAAAUCAACUCCUCGAGAGUGAACCUAAACCCGAAGAGAGUUCCUUACAGGCUUUCUUGAAGCUCUUCUGCGACGAUGUGUUGUAUUGGCAAACAGAAGUGGGCGAAAAACUUCGUCUCUUUCACGUGAUUGCGAAAGAGGCGAAACAUUUGGAGAUCAUCAAGCAUACUUUUCACUACUUGCACACUUUUCCGGACAAUCUUUUGGUCAAGGAACUCGAGAGCGUCGACGAGGACGGCAACACGGCUCUUCACAUUGCCGCUCAGGGAAAUACGGCAAUUUUUGUGGACUAUCUUGAAGUUCUGAGAGACGAAAACAUUCUCCACUUUGACGACAUCGCCUGCUUGUGCUACACUUUCAACAAAGCUCAGCAAUCGAUGUAUGAAAUCAUGGACGACAAUCCCUUCUUCACCGAGUACGUUGAGGAUUACCUGACGAAGUACGGCGUGUGAAGACAAUGAAAAAACACGGCCAAGUUCACUUUUUACCUUAAAAUAGUACUUUUAUUUUUGUAUUAUUCUUUAAAAGUUGCUCAAACUAGUAACUAGGGUUUCAUUUUAAAGAAUAAUUCAUCCGCUGCUGUUUCGUUCUUCAUCUUUUGUUCAUCUCUCAUUGGACUUUUUUUAUCAUCCUGCGUGACUUUGUCUCAAUCUCUGUGUAUUUUUUUCUUCUCCUUCUAGUCGAUUCAUGUUUUCGCACUAAUCAAAGUUGAUUUAUUACGUAAAAGUGAUACGAAUAGGAUUCUUAGCCACACUCAUGCAUGCGCUUUCUGCUCGCAGUGACUUAAUAUCUAAUUCAUGAUUAAGUUGUGUAGUUUACUGAAUUUCUCUCAACGCUCCUUAUCAAUCGAAUAGUGGUUUAUUCUUAAAAAAUGUUCUGCUUCAUGUCAAUAAUGAGUCCAGAAUUACCCAGAAGGACGACAAGAAAUUGAAUAUACAAAUAAACAAAUAAAAGAAUGAAAUAA